CCGGCUCAGGCGUGCUCAGGUGGUGGUGCUCAGGCCGCCCACACGUGUUGCCGGUGAAGGUACAGAAUCACACCCGGGGGGAGGGGGGCGUUAGAGAAGUGAGCCACACAGAUAAAUUACCCACACCAACGCCACAUCAACGCCACAUCAACCACCCUUAGAGCACAGAGGCGAGACAUUUACAGCCCGAGGAGGAAAAAUAAAAUAAUAUAAUGUGUGUGUGUCAGCAGCCGUGAUCCCGUGCAGAAGACGCAAACACCUGCACGCCCGCCCCCGCCGCCCACACGUCCAGGGAGCUGCUUCGGGGUUCACGGGACACGAACCGGAUACCGAGAUGUGCAAGUCGUGUGUUUGACCUUGAGACCACGUGGUGCCUGGACAAGGGACUGGGACCUUAGAACACGAUUAUUACACGUUUUUCAAGCCCUGCUCAUCGGCGUACCGUGGGACACAUCCGCCCACCCCCAGUGCAGCGACAGGCCAGGAUGAGCUACAGUGUUCACGUGCUGCAGGAUGGCUACUCCCGCCUUGAGGAUGGGGUCAUGAGGGCCAACUGCACUUGUACGCUGGUCAAGGGUCCCAACAUUGUCAUCGUGGACACCCUCACCGCCUGGGACAAGAACGUGAUACUCUCUGGCCUGGCCAAGGAGAGCAUUCGCUGCGAGGACGUGAACUAUGCCAUCGCGACCCACGGCCACUCGGACCACCUGGGGAACCUCAACCUCUUCACUGCGGCCACACACAUCGUCGGGUUCACAGUCUCCCAUAAGGACCAGUUCUUCAUCCACCCCUUUGAGACCGGGGAGCCUUUCAAGGUCGACGAUGCCCUCCAGGUCAUCCCCACGCCUGGCCACACCACGGCGGACGUCUCGGUGGUGGUGAAGACCGCCGACCAGGGCAAGGUGGUCAUCGCAGGCGACCUCUUCGAACGGGAGGAGGACAUCGCCGACCCUUCCCUCUGGCGACACACAGCAGGGAGCGAAAACCCCGAGACCCAGGAGAAACACCGGAACAAAGUACUUCUCCUGGCGGACUACAUCGUUCCUGGCCAUGGCCCGAUGUUCAAGGUGACGGAGGCCAUGAAGGAGGCGGCCAAGGGGGACGGCUCAGGCCAGAAGUAGUGUGUGUAGAUUCAGUUCCUGUUGUUAUUCAGUAGGGGUGGUUGUCAGUGGGGGUUUUAAGGCAAUAGGUAUUAGUGCAGCUCUUUACCUGGCAGCUUAACCCAGUAGCAGCGACGGGCCAAAUUUGUGGCUUUACCGUGUACCAGCGAUGGGCCAAAUUUGUGGCUUACCGUGUACCAGCGACGGGCCAAAUUUGUGGCUUUACCGUGUACCAGUGACGGGCCAAAUUUGUGGCUUUACCGUGUACCAGCGACGGGCCAUAUUUGUGGCUUUACCGUGUACCAGCGACGGGCCAAAUUUGUGCCACGAUAUAAACCCCCCAAAAUAGAUGUUGCAUAAACUGACCGCAAAUGCUUUGAUAUAUAUUAUGAAAUGGUUUGUGUAAGUGUUUUUUUUCUUCUCAUUUUUCUCGCUUAGAGGGGCCUUUAAGAAACGUGAUCCCCGCUGCUACCGGGUUAAAAGUCUCCCGUCGGAACACUAUUUGGACGAGGGCUUGCAUGAGGAGAAAAAAGGAAAAUUGAAUGGUUAUGGAAUUAAACCUUGUUGGAAUUAAGGUUGAUACAUACUUAAAAUUUCAUUAGAAUUGAGAUUGAUAGUUAUUCUCUUAAAAUGGAUGAAAAUUAAGUGGAUAUCAGAAUCAACUUUGUCAGAAUUGAUUGAUAAAUAUUCUCCUAAAACAGAAAAUUUAUUGGAUAUUGAAUUAAAAUUAAAUUAUUGAAAUUAAAAUGAAAUUAUUGAGUCAAAUUGCUAAUGACUGAUAAAUACUCAUUAAAAAGUAAGUGGAUAUUGCAUUAAACUUUUUUCAGAAUUAGAAUCUAUUAAUAUUUUCUGUUUUGUCGAAGGUACAUUUUAAUUUUAUGGCCAGAUUUUCUUUUUUUCUAUAUUUCUCUAUUUUUUUUCCAAUUUCUUACCAAGUACAUUUAUUUACAAAGCUUAUAUUAGUUCCUUACCCAUUAGUGCGUAAAAAAUAGGGAGUUCUGUUAAAGGUAUAUUUUUAUUUUACGUCCAAAUUUUCCUUUUUUCCAUAUUUUUCUAUUUUUUCCAAUUUCUUACCAAGUACAUUUAUUUACAAAGCUUAUAUUAGUUCCUUACCCAUUAGUGCGUAAAAAAAAUAGGCAGUUCUGUUAAAGGUAUAUUUUUAUUUUACGUCCAAAUUUUCCUUUUUUUCCAUAUUUUUCUAUUUUUUCUGAUUUUUCUAUCAAGUACAUUUAUUUACAAAGUAGUUUACGUUACUUACCCUUCAGUGCGUAAAAAAAUAGGUUGUUUAGAUAGAGGCUUAUUUUUAUUUUCUUGGCAAAUUUUCCUUUUUUCCAUAUGUUUUUUUUUUUCCAUAUUUUCUAUCAGUACAUUUAUUUACAAAGUAGUUUACGUUACUUACCCUUCAGUGCGUAAAAAAAUAGGUUGUUUUGACAGAUUUAUUUUUAUUUCAUGGGUAACUUUUCCUUUUUUUCCCACAUUUUUCUAUUUUUUUUCCAUAUUUUCCAUCAAGUACGUUUAUUUACAAAGUAGUUUACGUUACUUACCCUUCAGUGCGUAAAAAAAUAGGUUGUUUUGACAGAUUUAUUUUUAUUUUCUUGCCAACUUUUCCUUUUUUCCAUAUUUUCUAUUUUUUCCACAUUUUCAAUCAGCUGUUUUCAUUUACCUCCCUUUCUCAUCUUCCUCCUCCAUUCUUUCUCUCCGCCACCUGAUCUUCCCUCCGUACCUCUCCCGGACACUUCAACGGAGGUAGCAGAUCUCCACAUUUCCUCCACCCUACCCGUUCCUUCCACAGGCCUCCACUCCCAAUCUUACCCUUCCUCUACCAUCCACUAUGCUUCCUAUCCACUCCACACGUGUUCCUGAAUCUUUCCGCUUGCCACUACUCCCAUAUAUACCCAUCUAUUUACAGAGCUUAUAUUAGUUUUUUUUAUACGGCUAAAAAAAACCGCUCAAGGGCAACAAAAAAGGAGUAACAAAAAUUAAAUAAUAAAAAAAGGCCGCUAAUUGCCGUUACCCAUUAGUGCAUAAAAAACAAUAGGCAAUCAUCAUCAUCAUCAGGCUCAGAGGGAAACUCACACCUUUUCAAAACCUUUUAUUUAAUUUGCUAUUUUGAUACAAAAUAUAUUUCGGUGAUAAAGUUAUACAAUGCACCUGUAGCCAUCACUCCGCAACACACACACGCACGCACGCAACACAACGCCAGAGAACCAGACCAGACGAGGGCGAGAGACGCGCAACACAAGACCGACACACACACACACACACAUGCACACACACGUAACGCUCCCCGCAACGCAAACCAAACGCCCGCUGCCACUGUGUCGACGCAACUCAAAAGCGGUGGACCGAACCCUCGUACAGCGGACCCUCGAUUUGACGCACGACAGAUACCCGAGAAUGUCAGGCUAAAUGGAGGUGUUGUGUUGUGUUAUUUCAGUGGGAUUUAGCGAUUUUGAGACCGUGAAUGAGGAAGAAAGGAGAAGGGAGGAAGGGAGGAAGGAAAGAAGGAAGGGAAGGUAAAUGUGUGUGUGUGUGUGUGUGUGUGUGUGUGUGUGUGUGUGUGUGAAGUUCAAUAGACUAAAUGAAGGUGUAAUUUCAAUAGCAUUUAUCAAUUAUGAACUAGCGGAACUUUUUUUAAUGUGUGUGUGUGUGUGUGUGUGUGUAAGGAGUCAAUUCCCAAGGGUGCGUUUAAUAUGGAAGGUCAGUAAAACAUAAAUAAAUAAAUAAAAUAAAAGGUCGCUCAACGGAGGGUCUGCUCUAUUAGGGUUCGGUACUAAUUGAAGGUGUCCUGGAAGACAUCAUCACGCUAAUCUGACAUAUCUUCUUUCAUGUAUAAUUUCUUUGUUAUUUUCCUUUGCCGUAACACAAAUGGAAAUCGUGGAAUUCUGCCUUUUAAUUUUUCUCAUGUAGUAUUUCUUGUUUGUUUUCCUACCAAAACAAACAGUGGAGUAAAUUAGUGAAUCAUUGAGGUGUAUUGAUUUCAUUUCUUCCAUAACAAACACUGGAAUUAGGCCUUUUUAUUAUGGUAUAUUGUCGAACGCUCUUAUGUAAUUACCGUUUGUUUUCCUACCAUAACAAACAAUGGGGUAAAUUAGUGAAUCAUUGAGGUAUUUUGAUUUCAUUUUUCCCAUAACAAACACUGGAAUUAGGCUUUUUAUUAUGGUAUAUUGUCGAACGCUCUUUCAUGUAAUUACUGUUUGUUUUCCUACCAUAACAAACAGUGGGGUAAAUUAGUGAAUCAAUGAGGUGUAUUGAUUUCAUUUCUCCCAUAACAAACACUGGAAUUAGGCUUUUUAUUAUGGUAUAUUGUCGAACGCUCUUUCAUGUAAUUACUUUGUUUAUUUUCCGAUCAUAACUGUUGAGUAAAUUAGUGAAUCAUUGAGGUAUAUUGACAUUUCGAACUUUUCAUUUCUCCCAAAACAAACACUGGAAUUAGGUCUUUUUAGUAUGGUAUGUUGUCUAAUGCUCCUUCAUGUAAUUACUAUGUUUGUUUACUUACGAUAACAAACGCUGGAAUAUAAGUAAACCAUCGUGCAAUUUUGAUUAAGGUUCUUUCAUGUAAUUUCUUUGUAUCUUCCUAUCAUAACAAACCAAUAUAUUCAGUCUUUCAUUACAGUAUUUCAACUUGUCUUUCAUAGUAUUUCCAGUUUUUUUUUUCCAUAACAAAUAUUAGGAUAGAGUUAUCAUUGUGCAAUUUUUACAUCAGUUCUUUCAAGUAUAAUUUCUAUGUUUUUUUUCACUAUGGGUUCUUUCAUGUAAUUUCUAGUGUUUUUUAUCAUAACAAACAUAUAAGUCUUUCAUGAUCUUGGUAUUUCAACUUAUUUUCUUUACUAUAACAAGAACAUGGGAUUUCAACGUAGGGUCCUUCAUGUAAUUUCUAGUGUUUUUUUAUCAUAACAAACAUAUAAGUCUUUUAUGAUCUUGGUAUUUCAACUUAUUUUCUUUACUAUAACAAGCACAUGGGAUUUCAACGAGGGGUCCUUCAUGUAAUUUCUAGUGUUUUUUUACCUUAACAAACACGUACAUUAAGUCUUUCAUUAUCUUGGUAUUUCAACUUAUUUUCUUUACUAUAACAAGAACAUGGGAUUUCAAUGUAGGGUCCUUCAUGUAAUUUCUAGUGUUUUUUUACCUUAACAAACACGUACAUUAAGUCUUUCAUUAUCUUGGUAUUUCAACUUAUUUUCUUUUCCAUGUGUAAUUUCUGUUUUUCUUUACUAUAACAAGCACAUGGUAUUUCAAUGUAGGGUCCUUCAUGUAAUUUCUAGUUGUUUUUUUUACAUAAGAAACACUUGGAGCAAACUCUUUCAUAAUGGUAUUUCAACUUAUUUUCUUCUUUCAUUUAUAAUUUCUUAGUAUUUUUUUCUACCUUAACAAACACUCAGAAUAACGCCGAUCAUUAUGGUAUACGUUUUUCCAUGUAAUAUCUUUCUUUCUAUUACUAUAAACAAACACUGGAAUUAAAAGUCUUUCAUCAUGGUACGGUAUUUCGACUUAUGUUCCUUCAUGUAUAAUUUGUUUUUUUACCAUAAGACAAAAAUAAUAAUAAAGUCUUUCACGUGGUAUCCCGACUUGUUCCUUCACAUUAUCCUCUUUAACUUAACUAUUAAUAAAGACACUUCAAAAUAAUGAUGCCAAGGAUUAAGGUAUUAUAAGACAUUUCGCUGCCCAAGAACACUCAUUUGACAAGGCUUUCGUAGGAGCUGUGGGCAUUUCUCAGAGUAGUUUUAUGACCCUGGAGGUAGUGUGACCCUUCUUCUGCACUGUGUCCCUAAGAAACACCUAUUUAACAAGGCUUUCAUAGGAGUUGUGGGCAUUUCCAGGAGUAGUUUUAUGACCCUGGAGGUAGUGUGACCCUUCUUCUGCACUGUGUCCCUAAGAAACACCUAUUUGACAAGGCUUUCGAAGGAGUUGUGGGCAUUUCCCGGAGUAGUUUUAUGACCCUGGAGGUAGUGUGACCCUUCUUCUGCACUGUGUCCCUAAGAAACACCUAUUUGACAAGGCUUUCGUAGGAGUUGUGGGCAUUUCCAGGGGUAGUUUUAUGACCCUGGAGGUAGUGUGACCCUUCCUCUGUACCAUGAACCUAUAGAAACACCUAUUUGACAAGGCUUUCGUAGGAGUUGUGGGCAUUUCCAGGAGUAGUUUUAUGACCCUGGAGGUAGUGUGACCCUUCCUCUGUACCAUGAACCUAAAGAAACACCUAUUUAACAAGGCUUUCGUAGGAGUUGUGGGAAUUUCCAGGAGUAGUUUUAUGACCCUGGUGGUAGUGUGACCCUUCCUCUGUACCGUGAACCUAAGAAACACCUAUUUGACAAGGCUUUCGUAGGAGUUGUGGGCAUUUCCAGGAGUAGUUUUAUGACCCUGGUAGUAGUGUGACCCUUCCUCUGUACCGUGAACCUAAAGAAACACUCAUUACAGCCCGACUGACCUACUCUUUAGCCUUUAGAAAUAAGUGAUGCGAGAAGCGAUAGUCUUAUGAUAUGUCCUUAAGUCUCUCAACAUUAAACAGAGUAGAUUUUUUACCAUAACUAUUAAUAAAGUCAAUUGAAAAUAAUGAUGCCAAAUAUUGUUUCUCUCAACAUUAGACAGACUUAGAGCAUUGAUAAAGUUUUACGUUCACAAAUCAAUCAUGAAUUUAUACCACUAAGACUUAAAAGUAAAUAAAAGGUUUGAAUCCUCCACUUAACACAUUCGGAAUCCCUUUCAGUGGUGGAGGAAACUCUAUCCGACACAUCAUUAGAAGAAUUAAGAUUAAAAACAUAAAUAAAAAUGUUCAGAUUCUCCACGUUAUGCAUUUCAGUGGAGGACAUUAACAGGAUCCAACACCUUAUGAGAAAUUGCUACGAUUAUAAAAAGAAAUUAUAAAGGGUUCAGAUCCUCCAUGUUAAAAUAUUUGGAAUCUCUUUUAAUAGUGCAGGACAAGUUAACAGGAUCCAACACCUUAUGAGAGUUUACCAUCAUUAUAAAAAAGUAAAUUAAAGGUUCCAAUUCUAAGUUAACAGGAUCCAACACCUUAUAAGAAUUUACCAUCAUUAUAAAAAAGUAAAUUAAAGGUUCCAAUUCUAAGUUGACAGGAUCCAACACCUUAUGAGAGGAAUUUACCAUCAUUAUAAAAAGUAAAUUAAAGGUUCCAAUUCUAAGUUAACAGGAUCCAACACCUUAUGAGAAUUUACCAUCAUUAUAAAAAGUAAAUUAAAGGUUCCAAUUCUAAGUUAACAGGAUCCAACACCUUAUAAGAAUUUACCAUCAUUAUAAAAAGUAAAUUAAGGUUCCAAUUCUAAGUUAACAGGAUCCAACACCUUAU